GAGAGUAACAGGAGAGUACUGUUUGAUCCUGAGUAAAACUAGGAGGAGACAGAAUGAUAAGCUGAGUUAUUGGCUUCAGGAACUGAGUACUGCUAUCUUCUGCAAAGAAGAGGCUACCAGUGAUCAAUUUAUUACAGUUCCAGUAACACAAGCAAAACUGUCAUCAUGAAGCACUUCCUAAGGAUGUUUGUGCAGGUCUGCCUGUACUUCUACUGUAAGUGCUUGUGGCGCUGUCUGAAAUUCGUGGUCAGGAAGCUCACGGGACGAUGUGAGUUGCAAAGGAUCUGUUACAAUACCAAGCCUGGAGCUGCCAGAACUAUGAAAAUAGAGGCAUCACUGAAGGGCUCGAAAAGUAAGCGGCUGCAAACUUCAGUAAGUGUUCACCCUGAUGCUAUUGAAAAAACUAUAGAUGACAUCAUGGAGCUGAAAAGGAUUAAUCCRGAUAUAAACCCACAGCUGGGGGUGUCCCUUCAGGCCUGCCUGCUGCAGAUUGUGGGCUACAGAAACCUGGUUGCAGAGGUUGAAAAGCUGCGCAGAGAGCCCUAUGAUUCAGAGAAUCCACAACAUGAAGAAAUGCUUCUGAAGUUGUGGAAAUGUUUGAAGCCCAAUUCGCCAUUGAAAGCUCGGAUUUCGAAGCAGUGGUGUGAAAUUGGUUUCCAAGGUGAUGAUCCUAAAACAGACUUUAGAGGGAUGGGUCUCCUGGGCUUGUAUAACUUGGUGUAUUUUGCUGAACGGGACACUGGAAUAGCUCAGCAGGUUCUUUCUGAUUCUCUUCAGCCUAAAUACAGCCAAUUCAGUAAAGCUGAAUGGGAGAAGAAAAAGUUUGAUAAGGCAAUAGGCUACUCUUUUGCUAUUGUGGGCAUUAACAUAACAGACCUUGCCUACAAUCUCCUCGUGAGCGGGGCUUUGAAGACCCAUUUCUACAACGUUGCUCCAGAGGCACCAACGCUWACACACUUCCAACAGACCUUCUGCUACUUAAUGCAUGAAUUCCACAAGUUCUGGAUUGAAGAGGACCCGCUGGACAUAAUGGAGUUCAAUCGUGUCAGGGAGAAAUUUCACAAGCGAAUCUUGAAACAGCUCCAGAACCCAGACAUGGCUCUGUGCCCUCACUUUGCUGCAUCAGAAAGCUUAAUCAAUAUGUAGUUCUUCACUUUUUUUUUUUUUCCCCUUUGGAAACACUGCCUCACUCUUGUGUUAGAUCACUGUUUAGACCAUCACUGGAAUAAUGAACGACCAUGGCGAUUGUAUGCAUGUUUUUGGUGCAGUAUUCAUCAGUUUUUGUCAUAUAUACUAGAUCCCCCUCUGCUUCUCUUGCUGGGGAUUUCUCAUUUUAAAUGGGUGCUCAUAUUGCGGCAUUAUGCAGUGUUACAUUCUGAAUUAAUGUCCAGAUAUCAGAGUUUUUUCUAUUUUUUUAGACUUUCCCCAUAAUUCAGCAUUGAAGAAUCGAAUUGUAUUUCUCUAGCUGUGUUUUUGUAUAUGUGGAAUAAUUAGCUGGAUCUUGUAUUGUGAAAGCUUUUUAACUUCUUAUGUUUUAAGAUAACUCCUGGCAUUUCAAGCAAAGUACAUGUUCGGAGAUCCUCUAGAAGAUAAUGUGUAUAAUUGCAUCUGAUGCAGACAAACACAACACAUUAGCAUCCAAUUUUGUCUGUGCAGCCAUAUAUGCUUAGUGCAGCAUUUGAGGCUCAUGAGAUACAGGCUUCAGUGCAAAGACUUUAUGCACAAUUACAAUCUGACUGCACAGCUGCAUGAGCACCAAAUGAUCUGGCAAUGCUGAUAUGUUCAUUGAAGGGCAACUACUCAAACCUGGRUACUGGCAGGGGCCAAAAAUUGUAUCAGGCUAUCACCAUCACCACCACCACCACCAAGCUCAGUCUCUGUUCCUGCACGUUCUUUUGGAUCUACAGGGGUUUGCAUUUGUCACAUACUGGAAGGCAACAUGAUUUGAUCAUGUCGUGCUUGGUGAAUUCAGGGGAGCARUUUUCUUUUUUUUUUCCCCUCAAAUAUUAAAAAUGUUGCUUUGGUUGUCAGCUCAGUUCCUAAGAAGUCAAAGACAUAACUGAUUGGAAGGUUUAGAGACAAUAAACACCUGAAUUUCCCAGACUACUUUAAAAGGAGAAAAAAAGUAUAUAAAUGUGUAAAUGUCUGACACUAAGAUUGUGUAGUAUAUUGAACAGCAUCUACCAUGGCAUUUCAUACCCAUGGUAUUUUUUACCUUCGAAACAAUCAAUUUUAGUAUUAUAUGUUUGUGUAAAUCACUUGCAUAUUGAAAUUGAAUUUUCAGUAGUGUCCAAC